CCCUCCGCUUCCGGGGAGCCGGGCCGCCCACACUUCCUGUCCCGGCGCCUGCGCGCGGGCGGGGCCCGACAGACGCGCGUUCCCGGGGCAGGGAGUGUGGAGGAGCCGUGCUGGGUCCUGGGCGGAAGGCGAGUCCCCGGCGGGUUCCGAACCCAGCCGCUGCGCAUUUUCUUUGAUCCAAUUAUGGUGAAAAAAUGUUCAGAAAAGGGAAAAAGCGACACAGCAGCAGCAGCUCCCAAAGCAGUGAAAUCAGUACUAAAAGCAAGUCUGUUGACUCUAGUCUUGGUGGACUUUCCAGAUCUAGUACUGUCGCUAGUCUAGAUACAGACUCCACUAAAAGUUCAGGACAAAGCAACAGUAAUUCAGAUACCUGUGCAGAAUUUAGAGUUAAAUAUGUUGGUGCCAUUGAAAAAUUGAAACUUGAUGAGAGCAAGAGUCUGGAGGGGCCAUUGGACUUGAUAAAUUUCAUAGAUGUGGCACAGAUAUAAAACCAUGAACAGUUCAUUUUAUACUGCACAUGAAGUUUGUACCAAAUAGUGUUUUGUACAUGAAUGUAAAUAUUGCAGGAUUGCAAAAUAAAAGUUGGACACUUUCCUCAAAUACUCUCUAUGAAACUGUCAAAGCAUUGAGGGCAUCUUUGUUUACAUAGCAUAGUUUAGAACACACAACAGCAGUAGUCAAAUGGGAAUGUGCAAAUGCUUAUGAGACUUGACUUAUCUGCAUAUCAGAGGUUGUAUGUUGCUCUGGAUUACAGUGGGGGCUUAUGCAGACUUAUUGUAACAUGACAUGACAUCUUGAUUUUUGUGUGGGGCUGUGUCAAAAGCAUAGCUUUCUCAUAAGCAAAUUAGAGAAAUAUAGUCUAGAUGAAAUUCCUGUAAAGUUGGUGCAAAACCAUAUUCAGAGUAGUCAUCUGUCAAAUUGGGAGGAUGUGACCCAAAAGAUUUUGUGCUGCUCUAGUCUGUUUUAUAAGCACAGCACUGAAAGCAUUGCUUUGCCACCAUUAACUGAAAAUAGGGGGAAAACUGAAAUAAAAUUAACUAGGUUGGUAAAAAAA